UUCGAAAGGCAUAGAAAAGACCAUCAGUCCGGCAAUCUGGACUUUGACGCCCGUGUCCCCAUCCCCUUCAGUGUCUUCCCGUCGUCGUACCGGAGUGACGCUGUCUCUGAAACUACUCAAGAACGAGUAGAGGGAGAAGUCAAUUUCGAUCGUCCUUCGCGCGUCGAACGGGAAGAUACUCAAGGUUCUGCUCCCGCUCCCCUUCCCGCACCCAAGAAGGAAGAGAUCGAAUUCCGUGUGACUCAAGAACAGCGCCCGCGCAUUCAAGAAGAGCACCCUCAGCAGUUCCACGCUCAGCAGCACAAGCCCCACCCCCAGCAAUACCAGCAGGAGCAGCAGUUUGAGCAGCAGUACGAUCAGCAGUACGAUCAGCAGUACCCUUCCUACCAGCGUACUCAGCGAUCCUACGAUCAGGACUUCCCCGAAGUUCAGCUCACCCGUGAACGCUACCCCAGUCAACCUCAACCUCAGUCUACUUACGAGGAACACUCUCAAGUCUACGACAAGGCCGUCGAGAAUCAAAUCGACCUCACUGAACGAGACUACCGUCACAAGACUUCCCCUGCCUACGACCUCGACGUCUCUUACGACCGUCGUUACCGUCAACCCGUAGACUCCGCCUACGGUUACCAGCCCGAGUCUUCGGAAGUUUCGUACAACCGAACUCCCCAAGCUCCCACCGACUCUUACAGAGCCGACGACGCGUACCUUCGUGAGGUUCAGCCCACCCGUACUCGUUACGCUUCCUCCUCAGCCUCCACCAAGGCUCCUACUCAAGUCAAGGUCUCAAAGUCAACCGUCCGCGGAACUCCUUCCAAGAUGGGUUACUACGACGACGAAGGUGAAUACCACUCUUUCCGCCGUGGCGUUGGCCGCGCUGUCGACCGCGUCGCCCACCCCUUCUCCCACUCCCACGCUUCUUCCCACGCUGGUGCUGACGACCAUGAAGAGGUCGCUCCUCCCGCCGCCAACGUCCGCGUUGUUGAGCCCCGCAACCGCGGUUCCUCCUCCGGCGAGACCGUCCCCAUCCCCUGCCACUUCAUCCGCAUCGGCGACAUCCUGAUCCUCCAGGGCCGCCCUUGCCAGGUCAUCCGCAUCUCGGUCUCCCCCCAGACCGGCCAGCACCGCUACCUCGGUGUCGACCUCUUCACCCGCAAGUUGCAGGAGGAGUCCAGCUUCGUCGCCAACCCCUCCCCCUCCGUCGUCGUCCAGACCAUGCUCGGCCCCGUCUUCAAGACCUACCGCAUCUUGGACAUCCGUGAUGACAACCGUCUCGUUGCCAUGACCGAGUCCGGUGAUGUCAAGCAGGGCCUCCAGGUCAUCUCCCAGGGCAGCCUGCACAAGCGCAUCUCCGACGCCUUCUCCGACGGCCGUGGCUCCGUUCGCGCCCUCGUCAUCAACGACGGUGGCCGUGAGCUCGUCGUCGACUACAAGGUCAUCCACGGCUCCCGCCUGUAA